AUGGAGGAGGCUGGGCUGUCUACGGUCAUCAAAGGAACUGCUCCUCUUCUCAACGCUGACGAAACUACUCCAAUCACUGGGAAAUCGCCAAUUCGGAAGCGCUGGGCCGAGCACUUCCAAAGCGUAUUCAACCGUCCGUCCAUCAUUUUCGAUGCUGUCGUCGACCAAGUGCUCCAGAUGGAGACUAAAGCUGACUUCGGUCACCCACCCACGUUUCCGGAAACAAAAAGAGUCAUACAGCAACUCUCCAGCGAAAAAGCACGCCGAUCAGAUACGACCCCUACUGGAAUUUACAAAUAUGGCGGCCGCAAACUUAUGAAAUACCCCUUCCAACGCUUUCAGGAGAUAUGGCACCCCGGCCAAGUCGCCCAGGGUUUCCUGGACGCCAAAGUCAUCCACUCGUAA